AACGGCUCUCUCUGGUGUUUUCCACCUGCAGACAAGAAGCCACACGGAGCCUAGAGAGCCUGAAACACUAACGCAGUCUCAGUGAAACAGCUGGAGAAGUCAAAAUCGUUCUGUUUGAAGGACUUUUUCUAGAGAGCAACGAUGGUUUGCGGCGGAUUCGUUUGCACCAAGAACGGACUCUGCGCUCUGAAUAUACUUUACGUUAUGGUGAGUCUGCUGCUUGUCGGAGUGGCAGCCUGGGGGAAAUGGUUCGGCCUGGUCUCCAGCAUCAGGGUGGUGGCGGGGGUCAUCUGCGUGGGCAUCUUCCUCUUCAUGGUCGCCUUUGUGGGUCUGUGCGGCGCCCUGAAGCACCACCAGGUCCUGCUCUUCUUUUACAUGAUAAUCCUGUUCACAGUGUUCGUCGUGCAGUUUUCUGUGUCCUGCGCAUGCCUGUCCCUGAAUAAAGACCAACAGAACAAUCUCCUGGAGGUUGGAUGGAACAAAUCUGAAUCCACACAAAUGGACGUCGAGAAAACCCUCGACUGCUGUGGUUACUCUUCUUUCGACCCCAAUGGCACAUGUGCAGCUCGAUGCUUUAACAACAACCCUCCGGUGACUUGUAAAACGUGCGCAAGCAUCAUCCAGCAGUACGCAGGAGAGGUGCUGCGGUUUGUGGGAGGUAUCGGACUGUUCUUCAGUUUUACCGAGAUUGUUGGUGUUUGGCUUGCCCACAAAUACAGAAAUAUCAAAGAUCCUCGAUCAAAUCCGGGGGCCUUCCUAUAGGCCUAACCACUCACCGUAAAAAAAAAACUAAAUAUGCACUGCUGAGUAUUUUUUUUCCCUCUAAACUUCUCUGGACAUUUUUUUUUUUUUCAAAGAUUUAAAGCCAGAUGUAACUCAAGCUGAAUUAUCACCACUGUUGCCACAAUGUAACCAUGCCUGUGGUAUUGUAAAGAUUGUAAAACGUUGUGUUUCAAAGUCGUCAUACAAAGUCUUAAAGUUAGCAAACAGAGGAAGCAAUGGCAGCUACACAGCACAGUCUUAAGUUUGCUCACAGCUAACAUUAGCUAACACAAACAACGGGUUAUACCAGGUCUGGUUUUGUUGUAGCUACAAAUCAUAUAAAAGCAAAGAAGUGUUUUUCUUGUUAAGGAAACCUUUUGUCGCCAACAAUUACAAUUAGUUUCAUCUUUAAAUCUAAAGUCUUGCUUUAAUGUGCGCUAGCUGCUUAGCUUAUUCACAUUUCUACUUCGACGAGAAGGUAGAUACCACUUGCACAUGUCGGCUAUGCCUACUGUAAGUUUGAAGGAGGAGCAGGCAGUUGCCUAUCUUAAUUUAGCUUAGCUUAGUUUAGAAUAAAGACUGGAAAUAAAGGGAAACAGCUAGCUUAAUCCCGUGUGAAGUAAAAAAAUCCAUCUUUCAGCACUACUAAAGCUUAGUUAUUUAUUGUUUAGUUAUUUCUUGUUUAAUCAUUACAGUAAGUUUAAAAUUGGCCAUAAAAUAACUAAAAAUGGCUUUAUGUGCAUUAAGUGCAUGACUCUUUCUUUGCCAGGUGUAGUGACUUCCUGGAGAGGAAAGGACACCAAAGCACAACCUACCAAGAUAUACAGUGUUGAUUAGUGAACGUUAAGAGUUUCUGAUCGGUAGAUUAUGCAAAUGUGAGGUUGAACUAGGCCAGCUGUUUUAGAUCAGGAUGCUACAACAAGCUAACGUUUUGCUUGCUGUAGCAUAUUUAAGUAUACGGACACCCAGGGGCCAUCAAUCCUUUCUUCAAACUCUCAGCAGGAGAGCAAAUGUUGGCUCUUUAACUCUAGUGUGUCUCAUUGAUAGACAUCACUCAGCUUUGUAUGCACACCAUACACACACCCUAUGCAAAUAUGGUGCAGGUUAGCACCAUGCUGGCUGGGUGACAGUGCUCACCACUCCCAGACUUACUAUUCAUGUCUGACCACACACACAGUAGUGUUUAACAGAUAAUACAUUUGGGUGUUGGAUGUCUUAACAGCAGGAGACGAUUAAGAUGAAAUUAAUGGAAAAGUAUUUGAGUUCCAAGCCAAAUGGCUUUAUACGUAUUUAUGUCUUUGUUUCCUGUUUAAAAUAUUAUAAAUGUAGUGAAAAUCUUGUUCAACAUCUGUUAAAUCGUUUCACUUUCGUAGCCUCUUUUUUUUUUCCAUUGUCCAAAAUAAACAGAGAUGCAGAACA